AUGGAUAACACCAAAGAUUCUACUUCUGAGAAAGUUGGCUUGAAGAAACCAAAAGAGACACUAGGUAUUUAUGUAGAUGGAUUUGAUCUGGGAGAAGGAGGUGCUUUGUGGGAUGUGUUUAGGAGGGAAGAUACUCCUAAACUGCAGGAAUAUCUCAAAAAACACUUCAAAGAGUUUAAAGAUGACUUUGGUCGUCCACUGCAGGAGGUUAUCCACCCAAUUCAUGAUCAAACAUUUUACUUAACCAUGGACCAUAAAAGGAAGCUCAAGGAGGAGUUUGGAAUUGAAGCAUGGAGUUUUGUCCAAAAGCUUGGAGAUGCUGUCUUUAUACCUGCUGGUUGUGCUUAUCAAGUUAGAAAUCUAAAGUCAUGUAUAAAAGUUGCAGUGAACUUUGUUUCUCCUGAAAACAUUGGUGAAUGCAUUCGGUUGACAGAAGAUUUCCGCCUUCUUCCCAAAAAUGAUUGGGCAAAAGAAGAUACGUUGGAGGUAAAGAAAAUUGCACUUCAUGCGUUGGAGGCAGCUGUGGAGGACUUGGAAAAUUUGGUUCUCAAGUAUGAAGAAAGUGGAGGCAUUAGAAAAAGAUCAAGGACUAGUGAAGAAGGUGUUCUUCUACGAAACCCUUGCUUCUUUCCUAUUAUCUCUGUUUUGAAGAUCGACAUCAACAAUAGAAGCUAUAAAGCAAGUAUUUAUUUCUUAAUUAUAUUGGUAUUUUAUGUGGAAGUUGCAUAUACCAAUGCUGCGGAUGUUUAA